AUGAAUGAUAUCACCAACUCACUUCUAGAGCAAAUACCAUCAUAUAAGUUUCCAUUUGUAAGCUUGCAAGCUAAUCCUGGGCCACAAAUUGAUGUUGGAGUGGGUGCAGAGGGAUAUCCAAUGCUACAUUCAUCUCCUUCAUCUACAAAAACAAAAAAGAAAAUGGCAGAUUUAGAUGAUUUCUUCGCCAAAAAAGACCGUAAAAAGUCGAAAACCACAAAAAAAUUCGCUACCACCGAAGAGGUAGCGAAAAAACUAGAAGAUACCGCGAGAAAGACUGAAAAACAAAAAAAGGAACGUGUUCCUGAAGGAGAAGUCGAUUCCUCUGCGCCAAUCCACGAACAAGAUGAGUGGAAGGACUUUGAGGAAGAGAAAAAAGAUUACACCGGCCUGAAAAUCGGUAACCUAGCCAUCACAGCCAACUCAGAUGGUAACCAGAGUGCCAAGGAACCAAACUCUGAGGAUUCCAAAGAAGAUGAGAUGGGACAGGAAAUGGAAAAAAAAUCAGGUCCCUGGAAGCGAAUUGACCCCAAUGAGGUGCAGGAAGAGGUGGUAGUGGUCAAAGAGAAGAGACCUGAACCAACACCAGCACCUAGUGAGAGUAAAUCUAGUUAUGUGGCCCCUCGUCUGAGGAGUACCCCAGGAGGUGGGGGUGGACAGCAGGUUGCUCCUUUGAGGCACAGGUCGAAAGUUGCUCCUGAUAUACACAAUGAGGAAUCUUUCCCUGGAUUAUCCAAAACUGGAGACUACAAAAGAAACCGCAGUGAAGGUGCUUUUGAAGUGGUGCAACAAAAUCGGUCAACUUCGUACAGACAGGCAGAGCAAUCCAAGCUGAACUCUGCCCAAGGCCCCAAACUGAGCCUCGGCAACCGUUAUAAUUCUCUCAGUAAUGAUAGCUAG